AUGCUGUGCCCUGAACUGGAAACAGUUUAUCAUUCCGACUGUUUUUACUCUAUUUCUUAUCCUCGGUUUCCCGUAUCUCAUCGAAAUACCUCCGCCCCAGUCCCAGAACAGACUUCAGGUGCCGGUAUCAUCAUCAUGAAUUCAUCCGACUUGACGUUUCUCGGUCUUCGAAAACUGAAGCUUAUUAAUGGUGAUGUAGCGCUUCGAGCUGUGCCAAAUCUCUGCUACCUUUCAAGUUUGCGAGCUGCAACUGUGGUCCGUGGAAUUUCCAGAAAAGAGGAAGAUUGCGGUGAGUAA